AGAAUGACUAAGGAGAACAAGUGCUCCUGUUAUCUUUCUGAAACAUGCAUGAGCUUAUCAACUCUAUUUCUGCUGCUUGUUGCUGUACCAGCCAGCUGUCCUUCAGUUCUCAUUCCAGAGAGACGCUGCAUACCAGAGAGAGUAGAAGAUGAAUCCCCUCUACUGCUUCUUCAGCCUCAGCUUGCUCCCUCUUGUCACCCCAGACUGCCCCCAGCCCUGCCGUUGUGCUGCCCACACCAUUGACUGCAUGUCAACAGAUCUCACGGACGACGUGAUCCCCCUCUCCUUUGCGGCCUCAACGACCAAGCUCUAUCUCAACAACAACUAUCUCACUUUCAUUCCCAAAGGUCUUUUUGACAAUUUGCACAAUCUUCAGGCUGUGUAUCUGCGGGGGAAUCCUUGGGAAUGUACCUGCAACAUUCUCUAUCUGCGCUCCUGGCUACAAUGGCAAAAGAACCGGACUCUAUAUCGUGACGUGGUGUGUUCAUCCCCUGCCCAUCUUCAAGGCCGGAUUAUAACCUACCUGUCAGAAGAUGAGAUCAUUUCCACCUGCCAGUCCUGGUACUGUGGUGUGGCUCUGGUGGCACAGAUCUGCCUCUUUGUCUUCAUCCUGGUGCAGGCCAUCUUGCUACUUCUGAUUGUCUUCUACAUCUGCAGGUUCCAGCGGGUAGCCAAGGAAGCCAAGAGGGCAAGGGCAGAGUUCUAUGAGAAUGUGGAUCCAUGGGAAAGCACUAGUAAGAACAGUAUCGACUGAUCCCCAUCCUCCAGUAGCUUUUUCCCAAAUGCCUUAUUUCCUGGAGGACCUUGGAAGUUUUAGGCGGAAUUCGGAAGAUGUUUGUUUUUAAAAAAGAAGCAGCAGGCUUCUACACAGAAUGCUUGGGAUGGAUAAACUUAAUUGCAGAAUGGCAAAAUGGUAAAGGUUGGCAUUUGCUGUGCCACCAUUUGGUACUUGCACUCUGUAGAAUUCUUUAAUAAUUGAAAAAAAUGGUUUUUGGCCCAUGAUUGAGCCCCAUUGUGCCAAAGGCUGUCUGAUGUCCCCUAUUAUAUAUAAUCCUCCAGUAUUCUUUUACUCUUUCAAGUAGCAUGUGACAGCUUUUGCUGUUUUAUUUCAACAUAUUAAUAGGCCUUUCUUCCCUCCAAUCUGGAUUAGCUUCAGUUAUUACACAGGUUAACUAGAUUACACAGCAGAGAGAUAUUAUUCUGGGUUCUUCUCAAAAUCGAUUGUCAUGUCUAGCUCCUUGUUCUUUCAAACAGUGCAGUGGGGUUGAAAUGACUGGUUUUUGCUCUUUCUAUUAAAAGUGGGAAGAGUUGUGGUUAUGUCCAAAAUCUAGGAAUUUAGUUGGAGUUGGUAUUUCUUGUGGUUCAGCAUGGGUUUGAAUUCACAGAUCUCUAGACCAGAGAUACCAGCCUUUUUCUGAGGUUAAGGUCUUGAGAUUAACCCUAACCCUUGGAUUUUGAGUGGAGUGCCAGAAGCAGAAGUAACAGGGCCCAGGCGAGGGAG